AUGGUCGCGUCGUCGUCGUCCACAGCGUCAUCAUCCUCGUCGUCGUCCUCGCCCUGCAGCUGCAGCACCGUCACAUCCGGCGCGCACCGCCGCCGCCUGACGGACGCGGCCGCCGCAGCCGACUACUUCGUCCCGUGCGACAACAACGACGGCCGCGGCGGCCACGGCGCCGGCGCCGGCGCGGCGCGGGUGAAGGCUCUGUUCUUCGCCCGGAGGGCCAGCGGCGGCAAGCGGGUGCCCGUGGUCGACCAGGCCUGGGUGCGAAACGCGGUGGCGUGCCUGCUCGGCGUCGCCGUCGUCAUCGGCCUCGUCAUGAGCUCGCGCCGAGGCGCCGUCGGCGCCGGAGGGAGGCUCGUUCGCAGGGUGGACGCCGAGGUGCUGGGCUGGAGGGAGGAGAACCUCACCGCCGUAGCUCGCCGCCCGCCCGACCCGCCGAUGACCCAGAUAUGGAUGAAACCAGAUAGCGAGGGUUACACAAAAUGCAUUGAACGCCCAAAAAAUCGUUACAGAACCAACAGUACAACUACUGGCUAUAUAAUUGCUGAAGCCAAUGGUGGACUUAACCAAAUGAGACUGGGAAUAAGUGAUAUGGUUGCGGUUGCUAAGCUCAUGAAUGCCACCCUAGAAAUCCCUACCCUGGACCAUAAAUCAUUCUGGACUGAUCCAAGUGAUUUCAAAGAUAUAUUUGAUGUGCAACACUUCAAGGAAACUUUAGAAGAUGACAUCAUGAUUGUGGAUUCCUUGCCGCCAGAUUUCAAAAGAUUGAAACCCUAUAUUAGAGCACCCAAAUCCUGGGCCAGGGCUUCUUAUUACAGAGCUUUCACAAGGACACUGAAGAAGGCCAAAGUUGUGAAAUUCACACAUACAGAUUCACGUAUUGUCAACAAUGGUCUCCCACCUUCUAUCCAAAGACUCCGAUGCCGUGCAAAUUACGAGGCACUAAGAUACAAUCAAGAAAUUGAAGAGCUAGGUAAUACUCUAGUUGAUAGACUGAGGAAUGGAUCCAACCAUUAUAUCGCACUUCACUUAAGGUAUGAGAAGGACAUGCUCUCAUUCACUGGCUGCAGCCACAACCUAACAUAUCAAGAGGCAGAGGAACUGAGGGAAAUGCGACUCAAGGUGCAGCAUUGGAAAGAGAAGGAAAUCAACAGUAAGGAGAGGCGACUCCAAGGAGGCUGCCCUAUGACUCCUCGUGAAGCAGCUCUUUUCCUGAAAGCUAUGGGUUAUCCUUCCAGCACAAAGAUCUACAUUGUAUCAGGUGAAAUAUAUGGUGUACAUAGCAUGGAUGCAUUUAAGGUCGAAUAUCCAAAUGUCUACACACAUUAUAGUCUGGCAACAGCAAAUGAAUUAGAGUCUCUCAAGCUGUACCAAAAUAGAUUAGCUGCUGUAGACUACAAUGUAGCCCUCCAGAGUGAUGUUUUUGUGUAUACAUAUGAUGGAAAUAUGGCUAAAGCAGUUCAGGGCCAUAGAAGAUAUGAAGGAUUCCGAAAAACCAUUAACCCUGACAGGCACAAGCUUGUCGAGCUCAUUGACAAGCUUGAUGAAGGGACAAUAAAUUGGACAGAGUUCGCAAGUGAAGUGAAGAUGCAUCAUGAAAACAGGGUUGGAGGUCCACAUCAGAGGUUGUCUGGUCGAAGUCCAAGGCAUGAGGAGUAUUUUUAUGCAAAUCCACUUCCAGGGUGCUUGUGCAAAAGAAACACACAGGAUCAAGUGGCAUGA